UUUUUUUUUUUUAAAAAAAAAAUAUAUAUAUAUAUAUUUAUUAUAAAAUGGCAGCUACAGUUUAUAUUGUAAUCUAUACACUUUAUCAUCACAUUUACAAGUUAGCCAUAGAGAUUCAAAAGGGACUUGAAUCACAGGGUAUUAACGUAAAAAUGUUCCAAGUACCCGAGACUUUAUCUGAAGAGAUACUACAAAAGAUGCAUGCACCUCCUAAACCCAAUAUCCCCAUCAUGACAGUCGAUCAUUUAACUGAGCCAGAUGGUAUUUUAUUCGGUAUCCCUACUCGCUUUGGUACUAUGCCUGCACAGCUUAAAGCACUUUUAGAUGCUACAGGUAAACUUUGGGCUACGGGUGCACUCGCUGGUAAGUUUGCCGGUACCUUCUUCUGUACAGCCUCCCAACAUGGUGGCCAAGAAACGACUGCGUUAACAACUGUAACCUAUUUCGCUCAUCAUGGUAUGAUCUAUGUUCCAUUUGGUUUUGCUAGUGCUCAUCUUUUUGAUAACUCUGAAGUUGUGGGUGGAUCAGCUUACGGUGCUGGUACAAUUGCUAACGGUGAUGGUAGUCGAGAACCUACUCAAAAGGAGCUUGAGGUUGCUCAUACUCAAGGAGAGAAUUUUGGUAAAAUUGUUAGUACUUAUGUCAAAGGAAAGACGAUUUAAUCCUAUCAUCAAUUUUUCUUUUUCUUUUUCUUUUUCUUUUUCUUUUUCUU